CUUCCCCGCCCCCACCAGCAGAUCCUCUACACUCUGAAAAUGGUCCCCACCCCUUCCACGCCCCCGCCCCACCUCUUGCCCCCCUUUCCAACCCCCUCUUCUUUGCCCUGGGUGGUUUCUUCCGAGGAGUACAGAUAAAUAGUCCUGUCAAAAGGCGCCGCGCGCCGAGCCUGGGCCCGGGCGACGACUUCUCUCAGCCACGCUCUCCCGGGUCAGCAGCGGGGCUCGUUCUCUGGGUUCCGCGCUUCCCGACCCGGGUCUCUGGUCCUCACCGGAGUUCAGCCUGGCCCCCGCCUCCGCGAGGGAGCGGAAGGCGGAGGCCGCGAGACUGGCCUGGGGGCGGAAGGCGGGGGCGUGGGGGACACGGCGAUGUCCACCAGCUCGGGGAGCGACCCCGAGGAGAUGGAGCUGCGGGAGCUGCAGCGCGGGUACCCGGUCCCCGUCUCCAAGAGGCCGCCCCUCCGCGGCGCCGAGUGCAGCUACAUCUCGCCCAGUGACAACUCGUCCGCGGAGGAGGAAGACCCCGACGGCGAGGAGGAGCGCAGUGCGCUGGGCGCGGCCGGCGGCGCCGGAGGCUGCAAGAGGAAGCGGCCCGGGGUGGCGGGGGGCGGCGGGGGCAAGAAGCCCCUCCCGCCCAAGGGCUCGGCGGCCGAGUGCAAGCAGUCGCAGAGGAACGCGGCCAACGCCCGCGAGCGCGCUCGGAUGCGCGUGCUGAGCAAAGCCUUCUCCAGGCUCAAGACCAGCUUGCCCUGGGUGCCCCCCGACACCAAGCUUUCCAAGCUGGACACGCUCCGGCUGGCUUCCAGUUACAUCGCGCACCUGCGGCAGCUGCUGCAGGAGGACCGCUACGAGAACGGCUACGUGCACCCGGUGAACCUGACAUGGCCAUUUGUGGUCUCGGGACGACCCGACUCUGACACCAAAGAAGUUUCCGCAGCCAACAGAUUAUGUGGAACCACCGCUUAGAUCGAACUCGAACUUACUUGAAGGGAUUACUGGUUAAGCGAGUGUGUUUGGGGGUCAGGGAGAGAAGGGAGAGAGCUUGAGAACCCCCGAGAACGGGAGGACAGUUCCAUUGGAUUCUACUAGACUCCCACCCCGGGACUGUGAACUCGACAGGUGGCGGGCAU